AUGCGAUCUUCGCCAUCUAGCUCGGUGGGCCAAAGCCGCUCGCCUCAGGCUUCGCAACGCUCGAGCCCUUCUCGAAUAGCACACCGCCACCAGGUACGAUCCGACCAAUCCAUCUUGGCCGCCAGAGUGGUUGUUGCGGAAGGAAGCGAAUUCGUUCUUGAGCCUCUUCCAGUUCGAACCUCUCCUUUACCGUCCGCAUCACCAACAGGACAACACAGACGCAUAUCUGCUCCUAACCCACAAUCCUAUUCCUCACGACCGCCACCCUUCGCGCCAUUGCCGCCCAUCUCGAACUCCAGCGCACCACCUCGCGCAAGACAGGUGGAUCGCCCCUACCGUCCGCCGCCUUCGAGUAGCGCCCGCUUCUAUGAACGCCAACAGCAACGUUGGUUGCUACAACAUACUGACCCGCCACCGAAUACACUCGAGAAAUAUUCAGCUCCCAGCUCCAUUCCUCCGCUCUUGGCUUCACCUCCUCUUUCAACGUCUCGUCCAUUCUCCGCAACCACCAGCCUCGUUCAUGCACAUCCUGCUUCACCAUCACAUUGCUUUCUGCUCGACGCAGAGCAACACAACCUCGCAGCUCGAUCUCGCUCGGGCUCCAACGCUUCCCCUGUUUUACGUUCGAGGGCGAAUAGUGUCAGCUCUCUAGCUCCACCUGCUACAACCCUUCGUGCUCGAUCAGGCAGCGCAGGAAGCUUCACCCGCAGUCGUAUCUCGAACGGUUACAUGUCCAACGAUGAUGAUGAAACCGUCGAAAACCAGCCUUUGCAGCUCAUGUCAGCCGUACAUCAGGACGCCAACGAACAGCAAGCACGGCCCAGAAGCGCGUCAUUCCUCCCAACGCCAUCCGACCAUGAUCCCUUACCUGCGUGCAAAAAGCAAUCGCCAGAAUCAACCUUUGUCGAUACCACCUUGGGCGACUCUGGCGAUGCUGACUGGGAUGCCGAGCUCGGAAUCUCUGAAACCGACCAUGCAGAGCCUUUAAGGCUACCUUUACUUCCGUCAGCAGAGCACGUCUUGCAAUCCUCCCGUAUCAGAAUGUCCGACUCUAUCCUUACUGCGCCGACUGCCGUCGUGGCGAGUAACAUUACCAAAGACUCGUCCAACCCGCAGUCGUGCCUGCAAAGCAUCAAUGCUGCCGAUCUCAGGGGUAUUCGAGUAACUUCUGCCGUCAGCGAAAACUGGGAUGACGACUUUCUUUUCCAAAUCGAUCAAGAGCCGAUCGACUCUGAGCCUCACAAUAGCUACACCGGUCAAAGCCAAGUCGCAAGUGAUCAUCCUAACUCGGAGCGUGAUUCGGCCGAGAGGCUACUACAGUCACACGCAGACCAGAUGGCAGCAAGCGAAGACGACGUUGAGAACUGGGACGAUGCUUUUUCUUGGAAUGCGGAGUCCAUCUUCACGCCAUCAGCCUCGACAUCCUCCUCACUAUACGACUUCAUGCAGCGAUCGGACGCGAACGACCGCUUGUCACUUGGAAACACGACUUAUGCAAAAUCAGCCUUGUCCCCAGAAUUGCCACAGACCUUUAGCCGGCAAGCGGAUUCAGCCAAAGGACAUGUCCUGACGAGUCAAAAGAACAACCUUCCAACUGUUUCAUCAAUGACCUACGCCGCCGGCAUCUCAGCUCGUCUUGCUGCACAAUCUGAUGGCGAGUCCCAUCAAGCCAGACUUUUGCAGGACAGUGCCGACCACUCUGCUCCGCGCUAUCCGGAAUCUAAGCAAUACAGCGCUCUCUCCCGAGAUCGCGGCAUGCGCAGCAAGACUCGGGUCGUCAAUUGUCGCACUGAUGACAGCGGGGAUGAAACCGAGACCGAGAUUCCCUCUAAAGAGGCUCUAGCGUCUGCAUUGACUCGUCCUGCUCGCCGAUCCCUAGGCUCAGCUCUUGGUUUCGACGUACGCCGCAAGAGUGUUGCCAAAGACGCUGCAGUGGGCAAAGCGUCGCCUGUUUGUGUUGAGACUCAGAACAAAGACAAUGUCGACUCUACGCAGGCAAAGUCUCACACGAGAUCUCAGUCCAAGUCCAAAGUUGGCGCUCUGCAAAGAUUCAGUUUCUCGCGCUCUCGUCUCAAUGUCGCCAACGUGUCCAGCACCAGCAUCAACGAAAUGCAACAGGCAGAAGAAAGCCCUCAGCGGCCGUAUGUCAACGAUGCCAAUAAGAGUCAAGCUUCUCUUCUCAGUCACGCGUCCACCUCAUCGAGCACCUCCCGACACGGAUCCACGCCAACCAGUCUGGAAAGGAGCUAUAACAUGCUCCGCAGCACCAGCUUCCGCCGGCUGCUUGGUCGUAGCGAGAAGAACAGUGGUGUCGCCAUUCCCCGCACAACAGUAGACCAGGCAUCGACUCUGCGACGCGGAUCUGACCCUUUCCACCCGAUGCUGCCUGUCUCUAGCCCUCCAAGAGACAAAGUAUCGGCUCACGCAGUCAAUCAGGUGAUGUCAUCAACAUCUGUUCGGAAUACUUUCAGGCGUUCGAUCGAGGUGACACCCACACGUCCCAAGAAUCAGAGCGGCCGGAGAGGGAGUGACGGCUCUCAGCUUGAUCUACUCGAGCAGGCCCUUUUCGAUCGAUCCAGCAGUUCAAUUACAUCUCCGACGUUCGUAAGACGUGCCAGGCAGCAAAGCGAUGCGUCGAAGCCUACGAACCAGCAGCCCUGUGAAGGGUGCAAUCCGCCUGCCGCUCGGCCAUCGCUGCCUCUGGACUACAGUGGCAUUCGACCUAGUCCCACAUCGGGUCUCCGACGUGAUCUUUCCAGCUCCAAUACACUGCGCGCUGGCCUCAGCUUUGCACCCGGAAACGCCACCAAACCCAGUGUAGCGAUCUCUGCACGACAAUGGAAUGCCUCCAAAGAUACGUACGCGCCGGCGCACUCUGACGCCGCUUCAACCGAUGGUUCAGCGGCACUAUAUCCAUAUAAUGGUGAAAAGACGAUGCGAGGCCCAGGCGGGCAUAGUUCGGCGAGCAGAUCAGUUUCGGCAUCAACUGCGCAUAGCCAUACGAGUGUUGAGUCACUCUACGGCUACAGAAUGCGAAAGCAGAUAUCAACUUCAAGUGGAGCCGACGCACCUGACUCGGAGACCUCGUAUGGCACCAGUAACGGAAGCUCUCCUCGGUUCGUGCGUCAGAGAUCUUCCACGUCCAACUGCUAUGCUGAUGUUGGUUCUGCUAUCGACACUAAGGACACAGCCUGGCUAGCUUCUGUUGACUUGUCUGGACAGCAGGAGUCUUCGAAACGGCACGAAAUUCAUCACGGUCGCGCUUCCAGCAUGCCAGGCUCGCCUCUAGCUCUCGAAAACACUCUCGAUGGCACGCCUGCAGUACCUCUUUUGCGCACUACUCGGAAGGAUUUGGCUCCAGACACCUCAUUGUCACCUUCCCAGAUGACAAAGCAGAUGCAAGUGGUGUCCGUGCCACCAGGUGUACUUGACGCCACCUACCAGCAAGCACCGCCAAGCACCACAGAUCCAGGAGUAUUUCUGGCGAAGGAAUUGAGCAUGGACACAAGCGCGCCGAGCUUGGCUUCAUCAAGUCAAGCGAUGGCUCCAUCAGCAGCGUCCAUAUCAUCCCGAAGGACCGCUGCUCGACGCAACAGCCUGGGCGAUCUGAAGAUUCCCAGCCGAAUCAGCAAAGCUCAGACGGGCAUUCGCAAUAACAUGAAUCUGGUCCGCGAUUUUGCCAAAGGCAUUGAGGAAUUAAAGGUACUGAAGGCGAGCUACAUGGAUUACAAGAUGAAUACUCCACGCAUAACAUCCAACGCAGGAGAAAGCGUACAGAACUGGCUCGAAUGCGCCGAUGUACUCAUAGGCCUCGGGGAAGGACGCAGCGAGUCUGACGCAACCGCACGCGUCGACACGUUGACUCACACGCCACUUUCCGAGCAUGUCGACGGCCGAUGCAUCACCUUCUCCGAUGCCUCUGCUAAUGUUGGUCCCACAUCGCCUCUCGACCAUCUAGCAAAUCGGCAAAUGUUGACUUCUGGUACCAGAAGUACCAGCGGCAUGAGCCAGAGGACGACAUCCACCAUGGAUAGCGGGCGGAGCGUCGAUGUGCAUAGAGAGAUCGACAUCUUGUCUGUCAUCCUGGGAGGACAAAUGCUGACUGCUGCCUCUCACAGCGGGAGCCGAUCGCAUGCGCGCUACCAGGCUGAAGCGUAUACCCGUGAAGAUCUGCCACGUCAAAACAAUACGUAUCCGGUUCCGAGCUCGCAAGGUCAUUCCAUUGCCUCUAUGGCGGACGAGUCAAAAUUGGCUACGCCCAAUGGCGAGACGUUUGGCGGAAAGCGAAACAGUGCAGAUGAUCGAGCAAGUACAUCUGAGCGACCUGUCAAGACCGCACCUGGUCUCAGCAGCUCCUCGAAUCCUAGCCUCGGAGAUGUCUCUGAGCUCAAUAGAGAUGAUGUUGGCGAUGUCAAUCGCAGUGCUAAGCGUCGCCUUCGAAGUGCCAGCCGUGCCGGGCUUCAAGGUCUCCGGGAGCUUCUCAAGGUAUUUAAGGGAACACCUGUUGAAGACAGUGGUGCGGCCAUGUCAAAAGGAAGUGGGUUGACCGAAAUUGAACCCGCGAGAGAUGACGCAAAGGACCAACCAAGGUACUCGAUCGACGGCGGCCCAUUGACUCCCACGACAUCGAGACCGAAGCGCAAAUCGAUCACUUUGAAGCGUCGAUCUUUCUUGCGUUCUAAGACAUCGCUGGAGAGCGUGUCAGCCAAAGCUGCAGACAUGCAGGUGCCGCCAGAGGCCACGCCGCCUUUGCCGUUGUCUGCUGAUGUUGGCUGGUAUUCGCAGCCCUCAGCAUCCCAAAAAGACAAGCGAAAGCCAGAAAUGUCACCAGCCAAGUCUUCGCUCGACAUGACGUGGGAGGCCGGAUCAGCUGAUCGUUCAACCCAAGGCUUUGAGCCUAGACGGCCGGCCACGGCAAGUUCAAAGGCGGUGAGACGUAUCUCUUUCCAGUCAGUGCUCGGCGGAAACGGCGCCAAGCGACAAUCCAAAGACGUAGCGCUAGUCAGUGAACCAAGUCCCAAGCGCAGCAACACUCUGCAACAACACGUCACACAAGUAAAAUCGACGCAGCACGAGCGUUCACAUUCUGUUGUUCAACACGGCUCGUCAUUACAGCACGCUCGUCCAAGUCUUGUCACCGGAACCUGCGAGGUGUCCCGGAUCGCAUCGCUAGAUCCACGUCGUGUAAGCACGUCAGUCGAUACACUGCAUCGUCAAGACCAGCUUCAGCUGCAGCUUGCGUCUCCUGCUGGUGCUUCGCGUACCGCACAGGUUCGAGCGCACAGCUCCACGGAAGGCACAGCACCGCAGCCACCGAUGAUACAGAAGCUAGCGCUGAGACCAGAAGCGAUGCCAGGUCUGUUGGUCUACGUAAUGGCGACCAAGCAGCAUCUGCAAGCGGCCAUUGACGAGAUGGCUCCGUCGUCGAGGCGAGACGUGCUUCUCUAG